AUGGCUAAGGAAAAAGGGAAAAUUAUGAACAUAAAUUUCGAGCUUCCACCUGAAAUUGUUCAACUAAUACUCUCGAAACUCCCCUUCUUCAAUUUUCCCACUUCUCGACUCGUCUGCAAACUCUGGAACAAUCUGAUUUUGAGUUUUACCCCUAUACCAAUAUCCAGUGCAUCCACUUGGAUCCAAUCAAAUUUCAAUUUCAACUUUGUUGCCUCCUUUAGCCUCCAUUCUAGCUGGAGGACCAAGAUCAACACCUCCCAAUCCCAUUCCAAGGUGUCUGUCCAAAUUGUCAAUUCCGCCAAUGGACUCCUCUGCCUCACCAAGACUAAGACAACUCCUCGAGAUCGAGAUCGAGACCGAGACCGACAUCGUGUUGGCAUAUUGAAUCCUGUGACUAAUGAGUACAUCAAGCUUCCCACCGGAGAUCUGGAUCGGUAUCGGUAUCGCUAUUGCCACUACGGGUUUGGGUUUAGUCCCGUGACCAAGGAGUACAAAAUAGUACGAAACUGGUGCAGAUACAAAACAGGCAUUACAAUUGUAGAGAUUAUGGCAUUUGGUAGAAGCCACCCCAGCAAUGGCAAUGGACUAGCAUUGCCUCGCCUGUUCGCAUCAAAUCCCAUGGCGUUUGCUUCAAUGGAGACCUUUUUUUUGAAUCAGAAUUUCUUAUCCACUGAAGAUCAUCCCCAAAUUAUGUGUUGCACUACUCUUGGGGUCCUUAAUGYCAAUCUCUAUCUUACUCGUUACAGUCCUCCCACUCUUCACUACCAUGUAUGGAAGAUGGAACAACAACAACAUUCAUAUUCCUGGACAAAAGUAUCUGUUGUGGAUUUACCACAGAGUCUUUUCCCGAGAAAAGAUGACGGUUUGAUCGACAAGUUUAACCUCAAGUUCCUCAAAUCUUGUGACGAUGGUAACAUCUUGUGUCUUCUCCAUGGAGUCCAUUUGGCGUUGUAUGAUCCCAACUGUGGAACCCUCCGCAAAUUGUAUCGAGUUAAGAGCGAUUUGUCCAUUUUCACCGUUGAGUCCUUCAGUCUUGAUUCUCUUCACAACAUUCUCACAGGAGAUGAUGCUUGA